AUGGAAAUAUUAAAGGGUGCCAUGGGAUGCCUGCUCCACAAGCUGGGCAAGUUCCUGAAGCAAGAGCACAAUCUUCACACAAGUACUACUACAAAGGAAGACUUGGAGUGUCUUGAGAGACAGCUGAGGAGAAUGCACGCUGCUGCCUUAUGCAAUAUGCCAUGGCCGCAGCAGGACCUGCCUGACCCACAGGAUGAUAAGCAUUGUGCCUAUGAACCGAGGGAGCUGUCAUAUGACAUAGAGGAUAUCAUCGACAACUUACUGCUACGCUUCGACAAGGGCUUGGAGCCAAUCAGCAACCGUGACAGCUUCAGGGAGACGUUGGAAGACAUCAAGCUCAGAGUAAAAAAUCUGGCUGCCUCUCAUGCUGGAGAUUUUGUUGCUACAACUAGCACUGUUGGCCCAUGCCUUGAUGAUGUGUACCGAGGAGCGAGACGACUCAUUGGCACCCACAAGCUACGAGCUAUGCUCAUAUCUAGGAUGUCUUCAUCUCAUAGAUUGAAGAAAGUUUCUAUUUGGGGGCGCUGCAGGGAUGGGCAAGACCACUCUUGCAAAAGCAGUCUAUGA